UGUAAGGCAGAAGAAUUUGAUCAAACCAUUCAGGAAGAGGGCUGCGAAGCCAAAGUCAUUCAGAACAAGAUUUGCAUUGGGCAAUGCUUCUCAUAUUAUGCUCCCGGUACCCGCCCAAGAAAGGAUUUGACCGAUAAGAGGGUUAAGUACUGUGAUACUUGUAAGCCUUCACUGAGGAGCUGGACCAAAGUCAGCUUGAAUUGUCCUGGUGCAAAACAUCCCCAUGUUGACAAACUGGUGGAGGUGAUCUACGAUUGCACGUGUCAAAAGUGUGUCAGAGAAUCAAAAUCAAAGCAUAGGAAAAACCGUAAAAAACGUUAA